CUGGCUCAGAGAGACAGAGGGAGAGAGACGGAGGCAGGUGGAGGGCGCAAACAGAGAGAAACCAAGUGGGAAGGAAAAAAACAAGAUGAAGGGAAGAAAGGAAAGGAGCGCUGCCUCUCGUAAAGCACGCUGACAGAAACAAACAGAAAGAGAGAAAGGCAGGGAGGAACUGGAUAACCCAGCGACUCCGGCACUGUUUCUAGCAGAGGCAAGGAGGAGGAAGAGUGCGAUGCUACAGUGCUGCUCUGCCUGAACCAAAGCAGGAGGGAAGGAAGGAGCAACAGAGAGGAGGAGGAGAAGGAAUCCCUCGAAAAAUAGCCUGAAGAGUGGACAGAGAAAGAGGAUGGAGGAGAGGAGAACACGCAGAAACCCCUGGGUGCUCAGGCUCACAUGAGUGUAUGGACCUGUGCCCGGCCGGAGUUACUACAAGAUGCUGUCAAAGAAAGAGUGUAUGAGGGCGGAGUGUUAGUGUGCGAGUGAUGGAUGUCUGUUUGCACAAACUACGGCCGCUCUGCAAAAGUCAGCAGAAGUAGACGAGAGGCUCGUGUCUCUGUCAGAGCAGGUGUGUGCGAGUGUCGGUGUGAGAACAUAUGACACACCAGCUGUUUUAGGAGGUAAACAGAGCCGGGGUAGCCCAGAGGAGAGGAGAAGGAAGGCACGUUCACGUGAAGAAGUGCAUGGAAGGCGAAUCGCACACGCGGAGUCAACCGGUUCAGAGUCACAGUUAGUGGUGUGAGGAAAGCGUGGCGGACAGCACAUUUAAUAGAAGACAGGGAGUUUACAAUGAGGUGUCACUGAGCUUCUCCGGGGUUCCUGACUUCUCUAUACCAAACCAGCCACCUGAAGCCACUCCCUACCUCAACUCAACCCAACAAGUGGACUUGAACACUGAGAGACAAGGACUUGAACCCCAGCUGUCUGGGAAGCCCACCUGAAGUGGGGUCAGUCCUGACUUUCUGUGCCCAGUGGAUGCCUCCUGACUCCAACCAUGGGAGAAUGGACCAUCCUAGAGCGCCUCCUGGAGGCCGCUGUGCAGCAGCACUCUACUAUGAUUGGAAGGAUCUUGCUGACUGUCGUUGUCAUCUUCCGUAUUCUGAUUGUGGCCAUCGUCGGAGAGACGGUGUACGAGGAUGAGCAGACCAUGUUCAUCUGUAAUACUUUACAGCCGGGCUGCAACCAAGCUUGCUAUGACAAAGCCUUCCCCAUUUCCCACAUCCGCUACUGGGUCUUUCAGAUCAUACUGGUGUGCACACCCAGCCUCUGCUUUAUCACCUACUCUGUCCAUCAGUCAGCCAAGCAGAGAGACCGGCGCUACUCUUUUCUCUAUCCAAUAAUGGAGAGGGACUACGGCGGAAGGGAUGGGGCUCGGAAGCUCCGCAACAUAAAUGGAAUUCUAGUUCAGCACGGAGGGGAUAGUGGAGGAGGGAAGGAAGAACCUGACUGUCUGGAGGUGAAGGAGAUCCCCAAUGCCCCACGGGGCCUCACGCAUGGGAAGAGCUCCAAGGUUCGCCGGCAAGAAGGGAUCUCCCGCUUUUACAUCAUUCAGGUGGUGUUCAGAAACGCCCUAGAGAUUGGCUUCUUAGCAGGCCAGUACUUCCUUUAUGGCUUCAGCGUGCCUGGGAUUUUCGAGUGCGACCGCUACCCGUGUCUCAAGGAGGUGGAGUGCUAUGUGUCCCGGCCCACAGAAAAAACGGUUUUCCUGGUCUUCAUGUUUGCCGUGAGCGGCAUUUGCGUGGUGCUCAAUCUGGCUGAGCUCAAUCAUCUCGGCUGGCGCAAGAUCAAGGCCGCCAUCAGGGGCGUCCAGGCCCGCAGGAAGUCUAUCUGUGAAAUCAGGAAGAAGGACAUGGCGCAUCUGUCUCAGCCACCCAACCUGGGACGCACACAGUCCAGCGAAUCGGCCUACGUCUGACGAUGAAGACAGACAACAGAGGGGGAGCGGGAUGAAUGUGCAACAGAGAGAAUGAACGAAUUCUGAUUUUAAUUUAAUGAAGAUGGUGUGGAGGUCAAACAAGAUGACCUCUCCUCUAUGACAGAAUGAAACAGAAUGUAAAAAAAAGACCAGACCUCAGGCGCUGAAAGUCAGCAGAGGCUUGAGAAGGAAGAAAAUUAGAGAGCAUCAAAGAGGACAAUAAAUUUCGUUUUGCAAACAUACAUAACAAAGACAUGCUGAUCUCAUAAGGAGAUAGUCCAACUGCCAUUUUAUACUUCUGUCUUUUUUAACUAACAACCUUCUCUGCUUCUCGUUUCUUAUGCGGAGAAUUAAAUCCUCACGGGGCUGAUCUAGAGAUGAGAGUAAGAGGGGAAGAGGGAGGAAAACAGAUGAGAGGCUGUUUUGUGUUCUCUGGGGAUAUUCGAAGGCGACAUGGUUGUUUGAUGCAUCCCAUGGUGCUUUUCUUCUGGACUGUGUCAGCCUCAGUGAAAAAAAAAAUGGGAGGGGGGGGCAGGAUAGGGGAUGGGACAGGGAGGAUGAGCAGCAGCAACAUUAUUAAAAAGAGGAACGGAAGAACUGUCAAAGCCGUGACAGACUCUGGGGAAUGAAGGCAAGUUUGAGAGUGAGGGAGAGCAGGAGGGAGACGUCACGCUUUGGGAAAACAUAUGAACCAAGGAAGGGGGGGGGGGGGGAGAAGACAGAACGUUUUUCUUUUGCUUCCUCUCUUUGCCUGCCUGAGAUUUUGAGGUAGACCGACGCCAAGAGAGAAAGCGCUGCCUCCCAACAGCGUGUCAUGCCUCUGCUGGAACACCGUUACAAGCCAAAACCAAGAGAGCAAGACUGACGAUGUUUAUGUUUUGUCUCUUGGCAAAAGUUGAUUUUAACACAAACACAGUGAGUACAAUAAACACUCCCCCACCCCCCUUCUCUGCCCUAUCCCUUACUCUUGCUCUGCUCCACUGUACAGACCUGUACAGCUGUACAGACCCGAGGGGUUUUUCGAACGACAGCAGUGACCUUCGCUGCUCUCCUGCUGCGUAAACAUCUGAGAGGAACUAAUGAACAAACGGAUGAUCGGCCAGACAGCGUCAGAAUCUGCUAAAGCACAAACUCCACUCCCUCCAGCUUUUUCGUGUGCUAAGAGAUGAAACAAAAAGAGAAGAGCGAAAGAUAACGAAAGAGCUCGAGAAGAGAUCGCUUUACUACAACUUUAAACAGAUUUUAUAAAACACAUCACAAUGAAUAAUGAUUUUUCUUCUUUUGAGAAAGCGAUGGUGCCAUCCUUGAGAUAUUUAAUUAUUGCUGAAACGUUACAUAGAGUAUAUCAUGGUAAUAUUAUUUAUCCAUUUAGAGUAUAUCCAAAUAGAUUUAUUUAUCUUUAUGGGGCGGGUUGAUUGGGAAAUCUUGUUGCUGUACUUUUUAUGUAUAAACUGUCUGUCUUUUCUUUUCAUUUUAGUUGAGUUUGAAGCAUUCGUCACUGUAGGUCCUGAUUAAUGACAUGCAUGGUGUAGGAAGGCGAGAGAUUUGUGAGCUUUGAUAUAAAAAAUGCUUUGAGGAUGUGCAGCUGAUUUUUUCAAACUUCUUUUGCAGCUCUUUAGAGUAACACUUAUUGUUACUUAUCUGCAUUUAAAAUGCAGUUACACCUUUAUGUGUUUUAUAGAGCCUUGGUUUUCUUCAAAAAUCAGCUGUGCAGCUUCAGGUAAUUAAGGCCUAUGAGCCAUUAGACAAAGGCAUGUUUACACAAUGCGGUGUUUCUUGAAUGAUCAAACUGUGUAACUGAUCGUAGUUGCUCUCUAGGGACAGUUGUAGGUUGUUUGUUUUUUUAAUUUCAGUGGCUUUCGUUUUGCAUUUCUUUCCUGACUGGAUUUCAGCAUGCAUGCAUGGUGAGAGAAAAGAGAACGAUGUGCAAGAAACAGAAAAAGAUAAAAGAUGACAGAAAGUGUUGCACCUUGAUUAUUGCAGACGAGUGAAAGAGUGGCAGACUGAAGGAAGUCACGCUGGGAAAAAGAUUGUAUUUCUGGACACAUACAGACAUGCACGAGUUUAUGAUGCAAAAGAUGGAGGGAACACACUGUGUGCCUACUGAACCAGAUAUAGAGACAGUUGGGUAUACUUUCGUUCCACCAGCAUGAUUUCCUCCUGUAACUCUGCGGGAGCAGGCCCAGGUGACUGAGACAAGGGCACAAGCACAUAGCAGUUCAUGCCAAACUCACAAUUUGUCUGUUUAAGUCUUUUUGCAGAGGCCAUAAUCAGUUUACAGGUAAUUGUUACAGACCAACACUCUGUGCUUUGGCCAUUUAGGAGUAUCAAGUGAGCAUUUGCAAACUGAUCAGCCCUAUGCAGCUCUAUAGCGCAGUGGCUUCUCUUUGAGACAUUUGGGCUUUGGUUCUAAAAGGGGCCAUCCUUGCACUAAUGCAACUUUCUCACUUUGCUUAUAUGGCAGAUAAGCUGUAAGAAAGACACAGCUACAUGCAUUCAUCCCCAUCCAGAAAAUGAGAGAAGAGAAGAUGGCAGAAUAACUAACAGCCAAAAAAGCUUUGUUUUUAAUGGGGUAAAGUCUGUUUUUAUGUCCUGGUGACAACUGGAAUUAGAUGUGAUUGACAUAAACCCUCAAAUAAGGCAUUAAAAGAUGGCUGCAAAGUGGAGACAUGCUUCAUAUGACAUACAUAUGACCCAGGGGCCAGAACUGGCAAAGACUCCAAUCCGGCCCCACUGCACAGCUUUGGAAAUCCUUAAGGAAGGCAUACAUUUUGGAUUUUUAACAGCAUUUUAUUUUAUUAGUUUUACAGCUUUACCUUCAUGUUACAAGAAAGUAUUUCAGUAAUGCAUAAAAAAUUAAAUUACAGAAAAGUUCCUGUUUUUUCUACUAUAGACAAGAAACAAGAAACUUGUGACUUGGAUAAACUUUCAGAAUUGCAAUUAUAAGAGAGUUAAUGAGUUACAGCUACUGACACAUUUAUUUCUUACAAUUUAACCCAAAAAGAGUCACGCUGAUAGAUUUCUUUCAUUUAUUACAGCAACAUUUCUUAAUCUUGUGUAUUUUCUACACAGUCCGCCUUUAACUUAUAUUUCAUGUUAAGUCAUAAAAACCAUGCAGAGUACAUAUAAAUGAUCACUGACCAUUUUAAAAAGAAAAAUCCGUCCCACAAAAUUAUAUUGAAGCUAUAGUGGAAACACUCUGGAUAUGACAUGAUGCUAAGUAAUGGCCCUAGAUCUGCAGUUGGCCUUUGAGCUUAAGCAGCAGCUGAUGUAGCAGAUGAAAAGCCCCCAACUCUCUAUUUUUACAUUCACUCUUACUUUCAUAAUCUCUGUGAUUCUUACAGGUGAUUAUCCCCAGAUUUAGUCUCUUCUGAGGAUGCCGAUGGGACUCGGUGAAAUCAGCGAAGUUUACUACGUGAACUAGGAGGGACAAAUGUGCUGACAGGCCAUGCCAGAAUGCCUAAGGGUUGAGCAACCCCUUGGCCUUCACUUACUGUGAGCAUGUACUUCUAGUGAAAGCUUAAAUGCUGACCUUGAGCUUAAAAGCCAAGCCAAUGUCCUGUACUAUAUGCAGCUCCGGCUGAAGAGUCACUGCACAGUACAGCGCUGAUCUAAUCCCUGCAGAGCACAGGUCAGUGCUGGUGUGAGGACUAUUUUUACUGAAUGGCGUGCACGCAUGUUCAACAUACACUCAUUCCGCUACGAAAACAAGCAAAUGCAAAAGUAGGAAGAGGAGUUUGAGCUCAGUUUAGAGCUCUUGGAUUCUGUCGUUAUGUCUGGUUUCAUUCAGGUCAGAAACACAAACAUGCACGCAGUGUGAGGAUGUGGAAGGCCAUAAACGUGUCCUGGUUUUCUUCGGUUUACAUUUAUCCAGAGUUCAUUAGCGACUUGCAGCCAGUCAGUGGGUCCAUCACGUUCCAAAAGUAAAAGCAGGCCUCAGUUCUUCCAGCAGUCCACUACUCUCCACCGUCUGCUUUUCUAUUUGUCAAUGUGAAAUGAAUUAUGCAAUUUAUUUUUUUGUUUUUUAUUUGCUUCUCUUUUUGACUUGUGGGUUCAUUUUGUUGUCUGUUGCUCUUUUCGUGCAGUGACAUAUCAAAAAAAAAAAGAAAGAUGUUUUUUCUAUGUAACGGAACAAAAAAAAAAAACUAUAUGUGUAAAAUCAAAGGUAGAGUUCUGAAAUAUAAGACUAGCAGAAAAUAUGUUAUAUUUCCUCCCUUGCCAAAGUGAUAUGCAAAAUUUAAUUAAUUUUCAAAGAGUUUUUUUAUUUUAAAUGCAUGUGUAAUUGCUAGAGUAAGCAUGUUUCUAUGUUUUCUUCAACAGAAUCUUAAAAGAAAGGCUUUUUAAAGUCCAAAAUAUGGAAUGAAGCUAUUUUGUCUCGAUGCCAAGUGUGUAUAUAAUUUACCCAGUUUUCAGACACUACAGAGCCAUGCAGAGUAUACCAACUCAGUGAUGUUAAAACUACCUAUUACAUUUUAGCCAUUUGAAUUUCCAAAAGGCUAGAAAAACCACUGCAUACGGUAAAUCUUCUAGUUCAAGAAAUUUGCACACAGAUAUAUACCUUUAUAAUUAGUUGAGCUUUGUAAGCCAGUCGCUCAAAUGUUGUACUGUAAAAACCACAGGGUACACAGGAAUAUGAACGUACAGGUAAAAGACUGGCACCAUUUAGAUGUCAGAUGUCAGAACAUUCCAGGGUUUAGCCUCCAGCACAAUGUGUAACUGACCUACAGUUUCCAGUGUUUUAGUGUUCGAUGAUUGAAUCCUCAGUGAAGCUCCCUACGGACAACCUAUUCAGGAAAGAAAACUGGUGAUCUUUUACACCAGUCUCUUUUUUAGUACAAAUACACAAAAGAUUGCUUUUAUAAAAACAGUAUGCAUGUCAGCAUACCUUCCAUUUUCAAUCUAACCUUGUACUGUAAAGCCCAACAAUGAAAAUUGUCCUCAAGCCUGAUUGUUUACCUGUUGGUGCUACUGAGGUUGGAUUUCAGAUACAUUGCCACAUUCCCUAAUGUCCAGCACACUACUGCCCACAAAUGUACCACAGAUCAGUGCAGGUCUCCUUAAAACAAAUCAAGCCGUUUCUCUUGACUGUUACUAACAGAUGGCCACGUGUGCAAAAGCAUACAGCCUGAUGACAUCAUUUCCCUAACUCUCCACUUACUUUACAAAGCAGAAAAGUAGCAAACAAAUUGAUUCCUCAGGAAACGCAGCCUGUAAAUGAGCUGUUUCAUUCAUUCACACAGAGCUCAUUGAACCUCUACAUAACUCUUUAUUCUGCUGCCAGAAAGACCUUAAAUUAACUUAAUCACAUUAUGUAGCCAAUUUUAAGGGCUAUUAGUGGCCUCUGAGCAAGUUUUGAAAAAUGCCCCUCUCAUACAUUCGAGGGCUUCUUACUACAAAUUGAAAAGCCAUAGAAAACAGAAAAGACAAUUCAAACUAGGCAUGGACAAUGUGCACUCAUAGGCCAAGAUUAAUAUAGUAUCGUCAGUUAGGCAUUAAAAUCAUUUUUGCAUUUAAAUUGAAAAUUAGACAACUUGUGUCAAACGAAAAGCUUUUUACUCAGUUUAAUUAAAUGGAAAUGAAAGUUAUAAAACUCCUUUACUAGAUGUUCAGCUUCAUUUUAUUGUGAAACAAAAUGUUCCCUCUUCCUCCUCUGAGCUCUGGGCGAUGCUGGUGCUGCCACCCUACAAGGUGCAUAACACCCAUUUCAGGUUUCAGGAAUGCACCUCUCAGUUAUAAUUACUUCAUCUAAUUAGACUGAGUGGUAGAUCCAGGCAGGAUGGAAUUUAACCAGUGCUGCCGCUACCUACAGAAGUGGUCACAGUGCCAUUGAUGUGAUAUUACUACCUGGAAAGCUUCAGGUUGUUACAUUUAGUGGAAAAAAGGAGGUGCAGAACAAGUGGAACAUACAUCAGUUCCACCCCCUUAUUUUCCAUCCUCCUGAUUAAGACCAGCAUUUCAUGAGCUCAGACCACGCUGUGUCUUUAAACCGAUGUUACAGUGAGAGGGAUGAAACCAGAAUUGUUGUGUUUUAGGGGAAUGGGGGAGCAAUGUGAAACAUGGCCAAUAUUUGGCAUCCAUUAGUGGUGAUCAAUAUUUAAAGGAUAAUAGAGAUAGAAUAUAGAGAAUAUAGUUAAAAAAAUGUAGCCCUAGGCAAUCAUCAUUUGUAAGCUUAACCUUUGCAGUCAUCUGUGACAUCUCCAGAUGUAAAAAACAUGGACUGAACACAUGAACAAUGGACUACACGCUGAAACACGCUCACACUUGUAACUGUGAUCGGAGAACCUGUCGUUUCUGACUGCUGAUUUUACAAUGUACGUGACGGACCUUCGUUGAAGGUUCACUGUAUAUUUCUGACUGGUGUACUGUAUGUAAAGACUGAAUAAAACCUUGAAUGUUACAUCGAGCCUGAA